CAUAGACGUCCAGACUACCGCAUUGACUACUUUCAUUCUGGUGUUUUCUUCUUUUUGAAGGAAAUAGUAAGGUUUUCUUUGUCAUGCAAGAGAAAGAAGUUCAAUGGAAACCCAUGCUGAUCGGUGGUGCUGCUGGACUUGUUGCAGAAACUUUGGUAUUUCCUAUAUCAACUAUUAUUACUAGAGUACAGUCAUCAAGUCCCUUUUACCAGGCAGGUGGUUUUAAGCAUUUAUAUCGAGGCCUUAGCAGUGUUUUAGUGAGCACGCUUCCUUCAACUUCGUCGUUUUUCUUUAUUUACGAAUAUGUCAAGCAACGACAGCAACCUGGUGUCCGAAACCAUCUUGUAUCAGCUUCUGUAGCUGAGAUUUUUUCUUGUGGUAUUUUGGCACCUGCAGAAGCAAUUCGGCAGCGAGCGCAAACGUCGAAGAUGUCUGUCUCAAAAAUUGUUUCCACCUUUUUUCAUUCUCACAAAGAUGCUUGGCAAUCCUUUAAAGGAAUGUGUUUACGAAAUGUUCCAGCUACAGCAUUUCAGUUUGUUCUUUAUGAAAAAUUCAAGUCGAAUUUUUCACAGUCUGACAAAUUGUUUGGGGCUCCUAAAGGUGCCGCUUUAAGUGGUGCCAUAACCGCAGCCGUUCUAACUCCCUUAGAUGUUAUCAAAACACAAAUUAAUUUACAGCCUGAUGAUUACAAAACAACAAUUCGAAGAACUUACCAGCGCCACGGUGUCUUGGGGUUUUUUAAAGGUCUUUCAUUACGUGUCUUUGCUACUUCUUUGGGUCUCUCCAUAUACUUAGGAACGUAUGAGUAUUUCAAAAACCAUAUACAUAUCCAGGGUCUCCGUGAUACACAUUUCGAAUAAAAAAACUUCUACUAGUUGACAAUUUCCACCCAUGUUCGAUGAAUUGCUAAUCCAAAAUUAGAGAGGUCUACAGUUAUUAUUAUUUUUUUUUUUGGAUUCAGAUUAGGUUCCCAUGCAAUCUCUUUGUUUGUAAACCAUCUUUUUAGUUGAAAUGAAAAUUGUACCCUCUUUAGUGCCAUUGUGAUUUCCUGUGAUUCUCAACCUUUUCAUUGUAUAGUAAAUAGAAAAAAUCAUCAGAUUUUCAUACUUCUUAACAAUAAACAAAAGUCUGCAACA